UGCCAAAUUGGGCCCGAAAACCAAGCUCGUACUUUGACCCCAUCCAACGACACUCCCGAAACAUCAAAAUGCUAUACGUCCCGAUUGAGCAUGUCGAGAGCUGUGAACGCUACUGCCCAGGUGUUUACCAUCCUCUCAACAUUGGCGACAUUCUCAACAGCAGGUAUCACAUCGUAAACAAACUUGGCUUUGGCACCUACUCUACCGUUUGGCUCGCCCGAGACCAAAGCACAUCGAAGUACGUUGCAGUCAAAAUCCCUGUGGCAAAUGAAACAUGCCAAGGCGCAGAGAGGCAUAUCUUGCGCUUACUGAGCGCUCGAGAGUCACCAUUCGAGACAUCCCGCCAUCGCGAUAUAUUUCCCUUCCUCCUUGACGAAUUUCAAGUCGUCGGGCCGAACGGUACACAUCGCUGCCUUGUCACUCCUCCUGCUCGAAUGAGUGUAGCCGAUGCCCGCGAUGAAUCAGGGGACAAGCCGUUUCAACUGCCGGUAGCUCGUGCAAUCGCUGCUCAGCUUAUUCAGGCCGUCGCUUUCCUCCAUUCUAAAGGGAUCGUCCAUUCCGAUAUCCACAAUGGAAACGUUCUGUUCCACCUACCCAACAGUAUCGAUCACCUCACCCUUGAGCAACUAUACGAAAAGAUAUCAUUCCCCGCCGACAUCUGGAUGCUCGCAUGUACUAUAUUCUCCAUACUCGGCCAGGCAGUUCUCUUUCCGGUGCUCUUUUCAAACCCGGAUUGGGCGAUCAAAGUACACGUCGAUACACUGGGUAGGCUGCCUUCAGAAUGGUGGGAGAAGUGGGAGAAACGUGCUGAAUGGUUUGACGAGGACGGUGAACCAAAGGAUGGGCAGCCGCGACAACCUCUGAAAGAGCGAUAUGAAUCCUCCAUUCAAGGACCACGGCGGAAGUACGGGAUGGAAGAGUUUAGCGACGAAGAAGGAGCUGUUUUGAUAUCAUUACUCAAGUCUAUGUUCACGUUCAAUCCACGGGACAGGCCAACGGCAAAGGAAGUGUUGGAAUCGGAGUGGAUGAAUAGAUGGGCUAGACAUCAAAAGAUUGUAACGAAGUUGUAGGUUAACAUGGCUGGCAUUCUCCGUAUUCAAGUAUAAUACUUACAACUAUUCGCCAUCAUUCGCUAUCCAACACCCGAUACUCAGACGCGG